UCUAUGCGAAAGUAUAAAAUUCGGUAGCAUCAAGCACAGCCCCCAGUCUAUUGAUCCGUGCACAAUCCGCGAGGCUCUACCCAUACUGCCGCGCAUUCGGUCUAGAACUUUGAACUCGAUUGAAGAUUGAAUAUUCAACGUCGCAUCAGCAUUGCGAACAGCUGUUGGUCCUCCCCAUCGUCCCAAUCCAUGUCACUCAGCAAUCAUGGAUACCUUUGACCUCUUGUGGGGUCUAAUUGAUACUGACCGAAUACCACACGAUGGGGCUCGUUAGAACCAUACGAGUCUGAGCUUUCCUGAAGUUGUUGCUACCGUUCCAUUGGAAUACGUACGUUCACGAUGGACUCGUGGAACUAUACCACCGACCAUCAGGAUAUAUAUCAGCAUGUUGGCAUCCUAGCAAUGCCGGUUCUCUCAGCUACUUCAAGACUCGCAAACUCCACACGCAUUCGCAUCAAGAAAUAUAAUUUGAACAUCGAACAACAUGGAAGCCACUCAGACCACCACUCAAGUCAUUGAUCAGCCUCGUCGUCUGCUCAGCCUUAUCCCAGACGAGGUUCCAGGAGCUCCGCCGGUCAUUGAUUUUUCACCAUUUUACGGCAAGGAUGCUGCUGCCAAAGCUGUCCUCGUAAAGCAAGUACGAGAUGCCUGCUUAGCGAAGGGCUUCUUCCAGAUUGUCAACCAUGGCGUACCAGAGGACCUCCAACAAGCCAUUUUUGAGCAAUCCAAAGAUUUCUUUGCACUUCCGAUGGAACAAAAGGAGAAAUACGAUAAAGCAUGCCAUCCAAAUAAACUAGGUUACGAACGCUUUCGAUCCCAGAAUUUUGAGAAAAAGGCUGUCGGGGAGCUGAAGGAGGGUUUCUUCUUCGGUCCCAACCUACAUAAGGAUCACCCAUUCGUACAACAGGGAAGGAUCCAUUGCGGAACGAACAUAUAUCCAUCCGAAGUCUCUGAUCCAGAGAUAUUCGAAAAGACCAUGAUGCAAUACCACCAACUGAUGACAAAAUUGGCCACCAAUGUCCUCAGUAUUAUCGCCAUGACUCUGAAUCUGGGCGAAGAAUAUUUCGAGAAAUUCUGCCACGACUCAGGCGCGGUGCUCAGACUGCUGCACUACCCACCUCAAGCUGCUGACGCAAGUGAGGAGGAACGAGGGAUCGGCGCGCACACAGACUUUGGCUCAGUGACAUUACUGCUCCAGGACGACGUCGGUGGAUUGCAAGUCUUCGACAAGCCGACAAUGUCCUGGAUUGAUGUAAAGCCCACCCCUGGAGCGUACGUGGUCAACCUGGGCAACGUCAUGAUGAGAUAUUCCAACGACACCUACAUCUCGAACUUGCACCGGGUCAUCAACAAGACUGGCAGAGAAAGAUACAGCAUUCCAUUCUUCUUCUCGGGCAACCCAGACUUUGUGGUAGACUGUCUACCCGGAUGUGAAGAUGCGGACGGCAAGUGCAAGUACCCGCCAGUCAGGAUUGAAGAUUGGAUCUUUGGACGGCACACGAACACUUUCGAGGAGGGAAAGGGUGUGGAAGAGCUGUCGUCGCUGGCUAAAGUUGCUUGAUUGCCAAGUAGGCUUGGUUGGGUCACCAUCAUUGAGGUGCAAAAUGCCAUUCCACAUGGUGGUUUCGGAGCUUGAUAUUCCUUUUUAAUGUCCAUAACGAUGCAAGAAUUCAUGCGAUAGAAUUUUGGUGCGCCGAAGUGAAAUUAUGAGGAGGCGGUCGAAUUGGCCGAAGCAGAUCUGCAGCCCACGUCCACGAAGGCUAGCAAGUCGAUGGCUUUGGAACAUGCCAUGGGCAUGCUGUCGCUAGCGGACCCGACUCCUACAUUGGCAAAUACACACAGUGUCAUGGUAUUUGAUAAGAUACCUAGGUAUCAAUGUGAUGCCUCCUUUAGUGAUCAUUCGUAAGAUACG